UGCACUGUCACUUGUUUUUGCGAUAAGCGCAAUUGCGAAGAUUCAUUAAUUUGUUCUAAUGAGAAAUGCUUAAUUGGAUUCCGAAACGAAGACAGCCAAACACAUUUAGAACAGCUUUGUAGUAGCGCGAGUGAAGCUCGAGAUUUACUCAAAUGUCAGCACAACUGGAAUGGAUGGCAGGAAAUUUGUGCCUGUGAGGAAGAUUUUUGCAAUACUUUUGCUUAUCUGAGAGGUUCCAUCGAGGAAGAAAGCCUCAGCAAUGAUUUAGAUGAUGAUUUACGCCGGCCACUUGUGAAUGAGAAAGAGAAAUUUAAAAGAAUAAAUUUACAGGAACAAUCAUCAGAAGAUUCAGUUCGAAAAUAUCAUGGCAGUAAUUUAAUUGUUCUCUUAGUAAUUAUUCCAUUAUUAGUUGGCGCUUUGGCUGUGUGCCUUAUUUUUAUCAACUAUCACUGCAAAAUGUGCUGA